GGAGAAAGGUGCAGGUGGCUGGCCGCUUUCGAACCUGGAUACCUGAGUCCCACUGCCAAGAUAUUAAUUCCUUACCAGUUGGUCUCCCUGGCUAAUUUAACACCUCUAAUCUAUCUCCCAAACCCCGCAUUCGUAGGGAACGCCAGUUCCUCAUUUCACAUCUCAGAUAACCCACUCAGCUCCACAUCUCAGAUAACCCACUCAGCUCCACACCAACGUCCGGUUAGACAUGCCGGUACACCGGAUCGGCUUCACAGAACUUUCUGGCAGUCAUGGCGCCAGGGACGGACUGUACCGGGUCAACAUCAUCUUUGUGCACGGCUUGCGAGGGCAUCCGCAACACACAUGGGAGGACAACCGGGGCAGGGGCAGUGUGCACAGGGGCAGCGUGGAGAGAGUCAACAAGAACGUGGGAACGGCGACGUCACGUAAACGAAGUAUCUUGAAGUCCCUCUUCAAGUCCAAACCAUCGUCCUCAGCCUCAAUUUCGACCACGACCUCGACUGCCGACAGUAAUACGACCGAAGAGAGCCCUAACAAGCUGUUCUGGCCCGAUGAGUACCUUACACAAGAUAUUCCCGAGGCGAGAGUAUGGACAUAUGGUUAUAAUGCAGAGGUAAUCGGCGGGUUGUUCCAGGCAAACAACAAGAACAGCGUGUCGCAGCACGGUCGAGACUUUGCAGUGCGCGUCGAGCGGGAGAUCCCAAACGAGGACCCGAUCUUAUUCGUGGCGCACAGCCUUGGUGGCAUUAUCGUCAAAGAUGCGAUACGCCGAUCGGAUGCGUGUCGUGCGCGAACGAAACUAAUCGUCUUCCUUGGCACGCCUCAUCGAGGGAGUGCGUUUGCAGAAUGGGGCGACAUCGCGUCGAAUCUAGCUCUUCUGGGACUGCAAGAUUCAAACAAGAAGAUCAUCACGACGCUGGAGGUGAAUAGCGAGGUCUUGGACAAUAUCCACGAGGAGUUUAAGACUAUCGCGGACCAGUCUCAAAUUCGGAUCCACUCGUUUCAGGAGGCACGGGGAAUAUCAGGCAUGAAGGGCUUGCACAAUAAGGUUGUAGACGAUUUCUCCUCGAAGCUCGAUCUGCCGCGAUCUCUCGAGACUGUCGAGAGUAUCGACGCAAACCACAUGCAGAUGGCCAGGUGUAGUGAUAGGGCAGAUCCACAGUACCGCACCAUUGUUGGCGUACUCCAGCAGUUUAUACAUCGUAUGGCUCUUGAUGAAACCAGCCUCCAGGAAGAACCGUCGACAGCAUCCAGAGUCGAGGUUAGUAUGGUAGAAACGGGAGGCGGCUCCAACAUGAUAUUGACGAACCCUGCUACUCUGCCUUGCCACUACAUUCCGCUCCCAGAGAACCGGCGCUUCGUCGGACGGAAUAGGACGCUAGACACCCUCAAAGCGAUGCUGUUCAUGCGCAAGGAGUCGCGGAAAGCCGCCAUUGUCGGCCUAGGCGGUGUCGGCAAGACCCAGGUCGCCCUACAGUUGGCAUACUGGACAAAGAAACACCGGCCCGAGUUCUCCAUCUUCUGGGUACCGGCAUUAAGCAGCGCGACCUUUGAACAGGCCUUUGCCGCGAUGGCUAGGAAACUCCCUAUCCAAAGCGGCGGCGAUGACGAUGAUCUUAAACAGUCCGUGCGGCGGUACCUGAGCUCCGAGGCGGCCGGGCCAUGGCUUCUCGUGGUGGACAACGUGGAUGAUAGCGAUAUUUUCUUUGGCUCUGCAGGUAUGCCGGGCAGCAUUAGCGAGUACCUUCCUGAAAGCGACGAUGGCCUCACCCUGUUCACAACACGGUCUCGAGAAGUAGCUGUGUCGGUUGCUGGGAGCGAUGUAAUUGACCUGUACGAGAUGGACCUGCUGGAGGCGGCUGAGUUCUUGGAGAAGUCGCUAAUCUACAAGGAUAUGCUUCGCGAUGAAGAGGCGGCAGCACAGCUGCUAAAGGAGCUUACCUACCUUCCCCUAGCGAUUACACAAGCGGCGGCCUAUAUUAAUAUAAAACAGGUACCCCUUGCCGAGUAUGUCGAGUUGCUGCACGGCACUCAGCAGGACAUCAUCGGCCUGAUGAGCAAAGAGUUUCGGGACAAUACUCGGUACCCAGGGUCUCAGAAUGCGGUGGCGACAACGUGGCUCGUAUCGUUCGGCCAGAUCCGCAAGUCCAACAACGCUGCCGCCGAUCUGCUAUCGUUUAUCUCGUGCAUCGAGCCCAAAGGAAUACCUCAGUCGCUGUUCCCCAGCUCCGAGUCGACUGAGCAGCUGGUCGAUGCAAUCGGGACGUUAUGCGCGUACGCCUUUCUAACCAGGCGGGGGGACAGCAAGGUAUUCGACAUGCACAGUCUAGUACAUUUGGCAACACGAAUCUGGGCUCAGCGAGAAGGCCUGACGGCAACGACGGAGGUAAAGGCGACUCGACAUCUUGCAACAGUUUUCCCAUCUGACGACUACGGAAAUCGCAAUGUAUGGAGAGAGUACCUUCCGCAUGGUCUCAGGGUAUUGCAGCACAGCAAAGAGCUUGAUAUUAAGGAGAGGUGCGAUCUGUUGUUCUGGAUUGGACGGUGCUUGAGAGCGGAUGGACGGAUCAAGGAAUCUACUAAGAGUUUGGAAGAGGCUUGCCAAUGGAGGAUUCGUCAUUUCGCCGAAGACCACCCCUCCCGGCUCGCGUCGCAGCACGAACUCGCAACAGCCUAUCAAGCCAACGGCCAAGUCAAAGAGGCCGUAGAGCUACUCGAGCAAGUCGUCACCAUUCAAGCCAAAACCCUCGCCGAAGAGCACCCCUCCCGGCUCGCGUCGCGGCACGCACUGGCAACAGCCUACCAAGCUAACGGCCAAGUCAAAGAGGCCGUAGAGCUACUCGAGCAGGUCGUCACCAUUGAGGCCAAAGCCCUCGCCGAAGAGCACCCCUCCCGGCUCGCGUCGCAGCACGCACUGGCAACAGCCUACCAAGCCAACGGCCAAGUCAAAGAGGCCGUAGAGCUACUCGAGCAGGUUGUCACCAUUCGAGCCAAAACCCUCGCCAAAGAGCACCCCGACCGGCUCGCGUCGCAGCACACACUAGCAAUAGCCUACCAAGCCAACGGCCAAGUCAAAGAGGCCGUAGAGCUACUCGAGCAGGUUGUCACCAUUCGAGCCAAAACCCUCGCCAAAGAGCACCCCGACCGGCUCGCGUCGCAGCACACACUAGCAAUAGCCUACCAAGCCAACGGCCAAGUCAAAGAGGCCGUAGAGCUACUCGAGCAGGUCGUCACCAUUCAAGCCAAAACCCUCGCCGAAGAGCACCCCUCCCGGCUCGCGUCGCAGCACGAACUCGCAAGAGCCUACCAAGCCAACGGCCAAGUCAAAGAGGCCGUAGAGCUACUCGAGCAGGUCGUCACCAUUCAGGCCAAAACCCUCGCCGAAGAGCACCCCUCCCGGCUCGCGUCGCGGCACGCACUGGCAACAGCCUACCAAGCCAACGGCCAAGUCAAAGAGGCCGUAGAGCUACUCGAGCAGGUCGUCACCAUUGAGGCCAAAGCCCUCGCCGAAGAGCACCCCUCCCGGCUCGCGUCGCAGCACGCACUGGCAACAGCCUACCAAGCCAACGGCCAAGUCAAAGAGGCCGUAGAGCUACUCGAGCAGGUUGUCACCAUUCGAGCCAAAACCCUCGCCGAAGAGCACCCCUCCCGGCUCGCGUCGCGGCACACACUGGCAACAGCCUACCAAGCUAACGGCCAAGUCAAAGAGGCCGUAGAGCUACUCGAGCAGGUCGUCACCAUUCAAGCCAAAACCCUCGCCGAAGAGCACCCCUCCCGGCUCGCGUCGCAGCACGAACUCGCAACAGCCUACCAAGCUAACGGCCAAGUCAAAGAGGCCGUAGAGCUACUCGAGCAGGUCGUCACUAUUCAAGCCAAAACCCUCGCCGAAGAGCACCCCUCCCGGCUCGCGUCGCAGCACGCACUGGCAACAGCCUACCAAGCCAGCGGCCAAGUCAAAGAGGCCGUAGAGCUACUUGAGCAGGUCGUCACCAUUCAAGCCAAAACCCUCGCUGAAGAGCACCCCUCCCGGCUCGCGUCGCAGCACGAACUCGCAAGAGCCUACCAAGCCAACGGCCAAGUCAAAGAGGCCGUAGAGCUACUCGAGCAGGUCGUCACCAUUCGAGCCAAAACCCUCGCUGAAGAGCACCCCUCCCGGCUCGCGUCGCAGCACGAACUCGCAAGAGCCUACCAAGCCAACGGCCAAGUCAAAGAGGCCGUAGAGCUACUCGAGCAGGUCGUCACCAUUCGAGCCAAAACCCUCGCUGAAGAGCACCCCUCCCGGCUCGCGUCGCAGCAGUGGCUCGCCUACAUAUUGGAAGCUGCAGAUUCCGAUAAAGCUAGAGUAUAA